AUGCUCGGGGGUUUUCUCCCCAAGGGUCAAGCAAGCUUUGGGCUUCAAGACCCAGACACCAGCCUCUUCAACCACAUGAAGGGUACCCGUAGCAUCGGCAGCCGGGAUGAAGACGGAUACGUCUCAACCAGUUCCAGCGAGGCCGUCGCGGCUACCUUUGUGUACGGGAAGCCUUCCGCCUUCGUUUACAAGAUCCAUGUUACUCCGAACCUGAUCGAUACUGUUGGGACUCUUGGGAAAUACAGCGAAUUCGAUGAGGAAGGCGAAUUCGCGGCCUUAGGAGGUAUCAAGUACGAGCAGAUCGUUUCUUGGAGGCCGUUGAAUGGCAGAUAUCUCGGAAAGUCGACAAGGAACAAGGACUUUGACAAAUCAAAGUAUGGGCUGGCGGUCAAUGGUGGUGUGCAAUACCAGCUGGCUGGAUUCCCUCCAGACCACGAGGCUUGGGGCGAAGAGCCCUGGAAAAGCCACAAGCCUUCGAAGCGCGACAUUGGCAAGAAGCCAGGCUCGGUCUUGAUUUCCUGA